CGUCUUAUCCUGAUCAUCAGAAACUGAAGCCAGCAGCAAAAACGAUUUUAAAAAUGGAACGUUUAAUAUAACCCUUAAUAAACCUUUUCUCAUCACGGGACUGAAAAUCUUGACAGUUUUUAAUUCGAAUGUGACUUCAUUAAACAAAGAAGACUGUCUAGACAAUGAUUACUGUCGCAUGUCACGGCGCAACGAGUUGGGGAUAGCAGUGUGCUGCCAAUUGAAGGUGCCUCGUCGUCAAAAGGCAUCUCUUGAAUUCUCGCUUUCUUGGGACAUGCCAUGCGUCAACUUCGGUGGCCGGAAAAGAGUCUUCUAUCGGCGAUAUACAAAAUGGUUUGGUAUCGAGGGCGACGCUGCUCCUCAGAUAUGUGUGUCCGGAUUGAAAAAUUUGCGGGAAUGGGAAAGGCAAAUUGAAGCAUGGCAAAAUCCGGUACUCUCCGAUGUACGCUUGCCAGAUUGGUACAAAUCAGCGCUGUUCAACGAACUGUACUUUUUGACUGACGGUGGAUCGGUGUGGUUUGAAUUUGAUGAGCGGUGGCUUUUGAAUGAAACGUUAAUUAGCAAAUACACCGCUGACGUGUGGCGCAACAUCGGAAGAUUUGGUUACCUUGAAUCCUGGGAAUACUUGAUGAUCAACACGUAUGAUGUGCAUUUUUAUGCUUCGGUUUCACUUGCACGCUUGUGGCCUGAGUUGGAACAUGCAAUUCAAGCCGAAUUCUGUGACCAGUUCUUCAAUGAAGAUCACAGUAGAGUUCGUUUUAUGUACGAUGGAAGCGUGAACGUCCGUAAGCAGAAGUAUGCGAUUCCGCACGACUUGGGCAAUCCAGGUACUGUGUCGGACGAGCCGUGGUUGCAGACAAACGCAUACGUGAUGCACAACACCGCCCAUUGGAAAGACCUGAACACGAAAUUCAUCUUAACCUGUUAUAGGGACUACUUACUGCUGCACCUGGACAAAAGCGAGACAUUUCCUUUUGACCAAAUAAUUGAAACUGGCCUUGAGCAGUGGGACGUCGAUGGAGAUGGCAUGAUCGAACAAGAUGGAAAAUGCGAUCAAACUUACGACAUAUGGUGCAUGAAUGGAACUAGGUAUUUCUAUUUCGUCCUUCUACUUUUCGUUUUGAAAUACGUUGCAUCGCUAUUACGCCUUAUACAUGUAUUUCUACUUUUGCCCUCUCGUAUCGUAACACCAUCUGAGUCUUGCGGAAAGUUAUGUUGCUCUGAAACGGUCGGCCAAGGAGGCUCUAGGGGAUUAUUAAAACAAUUUCUGACUGAUAUUCAAAACUAUCCAGUAGUCAUUGAACUGGUUGGAAAAUGUUCUCUCUUACGUGGAAGCCAAUGGUUGCCUCCGAUUCACGAACAUAUGGCUGCUUACAUUUAA